CAACAGAGAUGGCAUCUACGAUGGAGCGGUUUUCACGGUAUUCGAACUGUAGUGGAUCAAGUGCUAUUGGAAGGCAGUGUGUAGUACUGUAGAUGUGCAAAAUGAGCUUCCUAAAGCUACGGUCCUUAAAGUUUGGCAAUCUGUGUGCUCUGCAGGGUUUUAGUAAAGAUGCACGAAAGGUGUGUUCUCAAAAAAUAAAGCAUCCAGUACUGUUGCCUGUCCGAAACAUGGUAUUAUCCCUUUGCUCUAGGAAAGACAAUACACUGCCAGACUCUGCAGAAAAGCUGGAUCUCGAUGCAUGGAAAAUUGUCAUGAAAUCCAGUGCAACAGAGGUAGAAGCUGCCAAGGACACAUCUGAUGAUGAGAUGGAUUCUUCCUCAACAUCCAUAAGGGAGCUUGUGGAAAUGUGGCGACUUGCUGGCAGAAUUAUACCAGAGCAUUUGAGUGAUGAAGAGUGCAAAGUUCUUCAAGAACUUCGAACAAAGUCUGCCAAGAAGAAGUACUUGAAGUAUCUAGCUAUCAAGGAAGGUCAUAAGAAAGCUAAGAAGGAAAAGAGAGAAGCAAAGAAUACAGCAAGAGCACAGGCACUGGAAAUGGGCAAAGAAAGCAAGAGUAGUGCUCCAAAAAACACCUUUCUUCUGCAGUUCUGGCAAAAAAAACUGGACAAUCUUUACAAUUGGAGAGCUGCUAAUGCUAUGAUAUUUGGGCAGCCACUGGUGUUUGACAUGAGCUAUGAAAAAUGUAUGUCACGUAAAGAACUGGAGAACACAGUGAGUCAGUUGGUAGAAAGUGAAGGGCACAACAGAAGGUCUUUAGAUCCUUUCCACAUUCAUUUCUGUAAUCUCAAAAAAGACGGCUUGUACUACAAAGAAUUGUUAAAGUAUUAUGAUGCAUCUUGGGAUAGACUGCUAAUAACUGUGACUGAAGAUAUGCAUGUUGAUAUUUUUCCUAGAGAUAAUUUAGUGUAUUUAACUGCAGAUUCUCCUCAUGUCAUGAGAACAUUUGACCACAAUAAAAUCUAUAUAAUUGGUUCUAUUGUUGAUAAGUCUAUACAGACAGGACUGUCCUUUGCAAACGCAAAACGUCUUAAAUUGACUACAGCACGAUUUCCCUUAGAUGAAUUCCUGCAAUGGGAAAUUGGAGCCAAAAAUCUUACAUUAGACCAGGUUAUACGCAUAUUGCUGACAUUAAAGGACACUGGUGAUUGGACUGAAGCUCUUAAAUAUGUUCCACAAAGAAAACAUGGUGGAUAUUUAACAUCUACAUUAGUGCAAAAUGAUAUGCCUGCGUAUCAUAGAAAUGGGAAAAAGCAGAACUGGAUAAGAAGUUCAUCAGUUUCAAAAUUUGUGGAAGAUAAAGAGCCACAAAAAAUAAAGCCUCUUACAGACUUUAGAACUAAGAAACGUGGAGAGAAAAAAUGGUGGGAAAAGUAGUAAUUCCUAACUUGUGAUGAAACAUUGGAUGUUUAAUUUACUACUCUUACUUGUAUCUUCUGGUUGUUGAUUCUUCUUGUCACAGUCCCCUCUUCAUUACUAGAACUGGCUACAUUCUCUACAAAUAGCUUGUCAAUAUUUUUUCUUUUUUUUUUUUUUUUUUUUUUUUGCUUUAGACAGAAAACUAGCUAUUAUAAAAUCAAGCAGCUUCUGGGAUUCCUGACUUGUAGUUUCUAGUUUUGUCUGCAUUUGGAUUUAUGGUGCCUUCACAUUUGUAAAUGUGCCAUAUAAAAUGGAUGUGUAAUGUAUAUAUGUUAAUAUGUAUGUGUGUGUACAUAUAUAUGUAUGUAUAUUUUUAUAUAUAUAUUUGAAUUUUCUGUAAGCGUAUUCUAUAUAUAUAAAAUAAACACACAUUUGUCCAUAUAUGAUUUUGCUCUCUUAUGUUGAAUAACCCAUACACAACUCGCAGAAGAUCACACCCAUUUGAGCGAAGAUUUCAAAUCACCAAAAUGGAUUCUGCCAUGGGUGUGCUGCAGGGACAAGUAACGUUUAUAUAACAUUUUACUAACAAAUUUAAGACAACAAAUCCUGCAUUAACAAAAUAUGAUGUACAAUUUGUCCUGCACCUGUGUGUGAGUGUAUAUAUUCAGCUAUACACAUUUAAGUGACAGCCAGUGUAUAUUAACAGCAUAACAGAUGUUUAACUAGUGUUUGUAAUAAUUCAAGGUUUUGCUUUUUAGUCCUAUGGCUACCACGUAAGCACUAGUUUAAAGAAUAUUGUAAAUAGAUUUUUGUAAUAGAACUAUGGGAGGAAUUUACUGAGUAGUGUUUUAGACCAGCUUUUUAAUUACUGUUAUUUUUGUACAGCCUUGUAUAUACUUUUGAACUGAUUCGUGGCUGUUUCACUGCAGAUGCAUUCCUGUUUCCCAUUUAAUUUUUGUGGGAGUGAGUUCAUAUUUUACUGUAUGAAAAUCUGUUUGAGAUUUGAACUGUAGAAUAAAACAUGGAGCUUUAUUAACAUUA